UCCCGUGCGCCACUGACACUGAUGACAGACACCGUAAAUAAUCUUGAAAAGAGGGUGAAUUACAGACACUAUCGGGGCCAUAAACCUGUCGCGCGUGAAAACUGAAACGGCGCGAUACGCGUCAUGUUGAUGAAUCCUCGAAACCUGCGGCUGCACCUGCCGAAAACUCCACAAACGAACCGGGUGUCGACGCUGACCCGCUGCUUGGAUCGCGACGAACUCCCCGCCUCAUCCCCCACCACUCCCCUCUCCGCCUCCCCCCCCGUCUCUGUCCUGCUCAUAAAUCUAUUGGUCGUGGUCUCGCCUUCACUACCCAGCACUGUGCUGAUCAGACUGCAGUUAUAUUUGGAGGAAGUUGGCAGCUGGCGGCUCACGGCGAAAGGCUUUCCUCUCUCUCCGGCGGUUGGACAGUGGAAUUAUGAACACAGCUCACAGAGUCUCUAUCGCCCUGUCUUGAAGCUGUUUGUGUUUCGCACCCAGAGAAAUUUUGCCGACCAUGGAGAUUGGAGUCUGCGUUCUCUUGGCUUUUCUCCUCCACCAGGUUGCCCAUGUGGGUGGCCAAGGGGAUGGUGGCCACGAGGGCUGUGUGCCUGGCUUCCAGGUCAAAAAGUACCAGGUGAUGUACAGAGGUCCUUUCCAAAAAGGACAACGCCUUCUUCAAGUGAAUCUGGUUGGUGCUUUUUUGGUUUGGUACCCACAGAACUGGUCCAAGAGUCCUACGGUCACAGAUCCAACCACGCGAUACAGAUACUGCUAA